AAGGAAUGCAGCCGUAGCGACGCGACGCGCACAAAAAAUCUUGUCCCUUCUCCUCAUUCUGUCUCCGUCGUCAACCCAUCACUGCCAGCCUGCCAUGGAUUCCGAUCUUAUAAAGCUGGUUAACAAACUCCAGGACACCUUCAGUAACCUUGGAGGAGAACUGGAUAUGCCGCAGCUCGUCGUAGUGGGCAGUCAGUCGGCAGGCAAAUCCAGUGUGCUGGAGACAAUCGUCGGCCGGGAUUUCCUUCCCCGCGGUCAAGGAAUUGUAACAAGACGACCACUUGUCCUCCAACUCAUACAUACGCCGGUGCCUUUCGAGUCGUCUCCCAACAACCUGCCGUACACCGAAUGGGCCCAAUUCCUUCAUGUCGAUAAGCGAUUCACCGACUUUAAUGAAAUACGAAAAGAGAUAGAGCAGGAAACCUUUCGGGUCGCCGGCCAGAACAAGGGUGUCAGUAAGCUACCCAUCUCGCUGAGGAUUUACAGUCCGGAUGUUCUCGAUUUGACACUGGUGGAUUUACCUGGAUUGACAAAGAUCCCAGUCGGCGACCAACCUAGCGACAUCGAGCGUCAAAUUCGCAACCUCGUCGUAGAUUAUAUUUCUAAUCCGAACAGUGUUAUUUUGUCGGUAUCAGCAGCCAAUGUCGAUCUGGCUAACUCAGAAUCUCUCAAGCUCGCACGGACAGUCGACCCCCAAGGUCGUCGCACGAUUGGCAUUCUAACGAAACUCGACCUCAUGGAUGCGGGCACAAACGCGCUCGACAUCCUCACUGGUCGCGUGUAUUCCCUCAAACUCGGCUUCAUCGGUGUUGUUAAUCGGAGUCAGCAGGAUAUUAACGCUGAGAAAAGCAUGAAGGACGCAUUGGACAGUGAGACGGAGUAUUUCUGCAAUCAUCCCGCCUACCGCAACAUUUCCCACAAGAAUGGUACUAAAUAUCUGGCUAAAACACUAAAUCAGGUUCUGUUGAACCAUAUCAGGGAGAAGCUACCUGACAUGAAAGCGAGGCUCAACACACUCAUGGGGCAGGCUCAGCAGGAACUCAACUCGUUUGGUGACGCCGCUGUCUUUGGGGACAAGAACCAACAAGGAUCAUUGAUAUUACGACUCAUGACCCAAUUCGCGAGGGACUUCGUCUCAUCGAUUGACGGCACCAACAUUGACAUCUCAACCAAGGAAUUGUCCGGCGGCGCACGGAUAUAUUACAUCUUCCACGACAUCUUUGGCCAUGCAUUGAGCUCCAUUGAGCCUACGCAAAACCUAGACGACCAAGACAUUCGAACAGCUAUCCGCAACUCGACAGGCCCAAGACCGAGUCUCUUCGUUCCGGAAGUUGCGUUUGAUCUUCUCGUGAAGCCUCAGAUCAAACUGCUAGAAGCGCCCAGUCUUCGGUGUGUGGAGCUGGUAUACGAGGAGCUGGUGAAGAUAUGUCAUAAUUGUACGAGCGUGGAGCUGCAACGAUUCCCUCGUCUUCAUGCGCAGUUGGUAGAGGUGGUGUCAGAGUUGCUGCGGGAGCGUCUGAGCCCCACAUCGGAAUAUACACAAAGCCUUAUUGCUAUUCAGGCGGCCUACAUCAACACGAACCAUCCGGCAUUCGUUUCUGGAACGAUAAACGCACAACCCAUGCAGUACCAGAGUAGGCCAUCAAUUCCUCCACGGCCUGCGUCUACCGAGCCUAUAAACGGCAUCGCUUCUUCGGCAGACGAUGAAGACGAGACCUCAUCGGAAGAUACCACCAGCACCACGAGUGGAGCUCAUGGUGUUCGCUCCGUGUCAAACACCAUCCAUGACCGCUCACGAGCUACACCAACGUUACCCACCGCUACCACUAACUCUUCCACGCCUCCUCUCACCAAAAAGACUCCGUCUGUUUUGCGCAACCAGCCCCAUCGGCCGCAUUCUGUCUCUGGCUCAUCAUCCUCAGCCAGGGAAACGUUCCUCAAUUACUUCUUUGGUCCAAACGGACCUGGCCCCGUGUCUGGAGCGGGGCCACAGGAGCGGUCAAGCAGUAAUGCUAUUGUCCCUGUUGGGCGAGACACAUCGGGUGCAGAUCCUGCCGUCUCAUCUGGUUUGAUGGCUGGUCGACGUCCUUUAGAUGGGAACAGUGCCGCAUAUGACAUGAAGAGUCUCGGCAAACAUAUAGAAGCUAUCUCUCCGGAAGCAAGCCAUCCCAAUGUACGAGAAGAGAUGGAGACCUCACUUAUCCGGUCCCUCAUCACCUCGUACUUUGAGAUUGUCAGACAGAGCGUCCUGGAUUUGGUGCCCAAGGCGAUUAUGCAUUUCCUUGUGAAUCAUACUUCGCAGCAGGUCCAGAACCGGCUGGUUGCGUCGCUGUACAAGCCGGAGCUGUUUGCGGAUAUGCUUAAUGAGGACGAGAGUCUAGUUGCCGAGCGGACGAGGGUGAAGGCGCUUUUGGAUGCGUACAAGGGGGCAUUUAAGACGCUCUCGGAUGUUAACAUGAAAUCGAUAUGAAUCUCUCUACAUGACUUGUUCUUAUUAAUGUUACGUCGUGUUUUGUUCUUCCAUUCGUACACGCACUAUAUAUAUAUAUACAGCCAUGAACCAAAAUAAUACAUACCUCAGAUAUCACAGCUCAUGACACCUCAUUCGCUCAUUCUGUGCGGUAAUGUGACAGUCCAAUAGACGCUUUUA